CUACCUGCCAUCUUUGUUUUGAGAGAAGAUCAAUCUUUCUAUCUUCCUUCCUUGCUCCUUUUCAAGUGAGGAAAUAGAAGGGAGCGCCAUGCCUAAAUGUUUACGUCUAGUAGUUGUUGGAGGUAGCUGUGUCGGCAAAACGGCAGUCAUCGAGCAAGCUGUGUUUGGAAAUCACUCUCCUGGCCAACCAAUGUUUCAUACUAUUGAAGACAUUUAUGAAGUUCAGUUGGACACGGAGCGAGGAGGGAGAGAAAGAGUACGAAUUUUUGAUACUGCCAGUGUGGAUUCAAGCAAUGGGGAGCUCUCUAAACACUACUUUAGUCUGGCAGAUGGAUUUCUUCUUGUCUUUAGUGUGACUUCAAAGAAGUCAUUUCAGCAGGUCCAAGCCAUAAAGAAAGAAAUUGAGAAAAACAAAGGAAAAGAUUUUCCAGUGGUUGUAAUAGCAACAAAAACUGAUAUAAAGGAAGAACGAGAGUGUGAAUCUGUUGUCAUGAAGAAGUGGGCUGAGGCGGAAAGAGUACAUCUGACGGAAGUUUACGCUGGUGACAGGAAAGCACUACAGGAUCCCUUCAUGCAAAUAACUACAAGAAUGGCCUCUAGUCUUGGAAAUGGUUAUCUUCAGUCUGGUCACUCUGAGGUGAAGAGGUUUCUCUCCAUGCGGAAAACCAGUAAGACAAUGUCUGUAUCUAAGGAAUCUGUACUGGAUUUUACAAAGGAGUAGCAGCACACUAUGAUAUAGCUGUACAAUAAAUUGGCACAACGUCAAUUACUUCUAAAGCAAUGCGUUAAAACUUGAACAGACAGAGUCAGUAUUCCUCGUCACCGAGGAGAUAACACUUGGAUACCCACUGGACGUUAAGCGACACAGUUAGCAUGGUUUAUGAUCAAGAAAAUAACUUUGGAUUGUUUUUUGAUUUGCUGAUUCAUCGCUGGAAAUGCCAUAUUCAAGGAAGGACUCGAGUCCAACUGAGCACCAAGCCAAGAUUAGAAAUUCUUUGAAACAUUUGGGAACAGUUUAUAUUCCUAAAAAGUGAACUAGACUGACUGUAUACACCGAAAGCAAAUAUGGCGUCCAUUUUGUUCUGGACUGACUAGCCUCGUCUUCACGUGGAAAUACAAAAGGAUUAUUGCAUGUGUGAGAGGCUAGUCAGUCCAGAACAAUGGCAACUCAAAUUGGACGCUAUAUUUGCAUUCGGUGUUUUCAUGCUUGUCUUGCUUAAGAGGUGGAUGUAAUUAAAUGAUAAAAUGGAAGGUUUUUGACAGAUUGAAUAAAAGGUUCAAUUCAGCCCUUA